AUGCCCUAAUCCUUGGGAGCCAGAGGAAAUCAGUCAUAAAGUUUUGGGAUGUAGAGAGGUUUUGAUCACUUUGAGUCAGUUACCCCUAAGAAAACUGAUUGCAUAAUUCUGUAAAACCUUCAUUAACUUUUAGGGCUCAGCACCAAGCUAAUCUUCGUAAGCUAAGUAGCCUCACAUUUCACUAUUUCACUUGGUUCAGUUACAAUGGUCGGUUGCUGGAAGUCAAAAUUGACUUGAUAUCAUUUAAUCAGUGAAAAUAUUUUGCAAACGCUUUACGUAGUAGAGACGGGCCAAGCGUGUUUUUCUGCCUCUUAUCUGGAGAUGGCGAUCAGGUAGACAACAUCUGUGUCUGAAAAGUGCACAAUACAGAAUAAAGGAGUUAAAACCAUCGAGCACCGUAUUGCUAGAAAGGAUGGUAUGAGAGGAGAAGCGCAGAGGAACUUCCUCUUCCGGAUGACUCAUGGGAGGAAGGUGGUCGGCCGAGUGUCUUCCUAGGGGCGACGCAGCAGCUGGCGGGGAUAUGUCUGGAAUUAUAUAAUCUAUCCCAGCACUUCAAUAUAUAAUUGAUGAUACUCCUUUGCAUUGCUAAGAACUUGUGAUUGACCCAACUAAACAACUGAAUUUGAUUGAAUGGUUAUUUGAAUAUGGAUCUCAGUAGUCUUCCAUGUGUCAAAUGAAUCAUAAAUAACACAAAGAGGAUGACAAUAAGAGCACCUGGGACAACUGUAAAUAGCAAGCAACAUUGAAAAAGGAAGAAGAUCAAGCUAGAAAUCAAAAUAUUUUCCAUUUCCUUCAUAAUAACACACAGUUCUCAUCCUCCUCAAACAACUUAGACAAAAGAGAUAAAAUCAAGAAAGAUUUCAAGCUUGAAUAAGCAGAUUAUGCACAACUCAAGGAUACAUUACAUGAAGUCAAGGGAGAUUAUUUUUUAUUCAGCAAAAGAGGGAAAUAUUUAGAAGUCACUUGGGCAGAAACCGUCAAUAGUAAAGCCACAUUAGAGCAGACAGGAAUGCAGGCCACAACCUGUGAGGAAGAAAACAGCUUGAAUGAAAACAUCACUAAACAAAGUAUUGUCCAUAUUUUUUACCUCAAGAAUAUCAGCUGUGGAAAAGCUCCAUAGAUUUGCCUAUUAUGGGAAAAGCACAGAUUGCAAAUCACAGCUGAUUAUGCAAAAGAGGAGCCAGACAGGAAAAAAGCUAUGCAAAUUAUCUCAAUUUAGCAAAAACUGGUCAAAACACCUCCUUUGUGGUUCAUGGAAGCAACCACACAAGAGGGAAGCCAUAAAAGUGCUCCCAAUGUAGUAAAUGCUUUAGUGAGCAUGGCAACAUGGUGAUACUUCAGUAGACUCACAGCAGGGAGAAAAUGUAUCACUGUGCAGAUUGUGUAAAAGUUUCAUUAGAAAUUCCCAGGUCAUGAGACACUAAAGGACACACACACACACACAAGACAUUUGAAUAUCCUUUCUGUGGGAAAAGUUUCAGUGAGAAUGCCAGCCUGGUGAAGCACCUGAGGACUCACACAGGAGUGUGAAAACCUUUGAAUGUCCUGAGCGGAAAAAGUUUCAGUCUCAAUUCCAGUCUGGUGAUGCAUCAGUGGGUUGACUCCAGGGAGAAACUGUAUGAGUGUCUAGAUUGUGGGAAAAAGUUUCAGUCAGAAUUCUAGCCUCAUGAUACACAAGAGGACUCGCAUAGGAGAAAAAUUAUUUGAAUGUCCUGAUUGUGGGAAAACUUUCAGUUGGAAUUCCAAUUUGGUGAUAUACCAGAGGAGUCUCAAACGAGAAAAACCCUUUCGAUGUCCUGACGGAGAAAUUCCAAUCAGAAUUCCAGCCUGGUAAUACAUCAGAGGAUUAACUCCAUGGAAAAACCUUAUAAAUGUCAAGAUUGUGGAAAAGGUUUUAUUACAAAUUCCCGCUUUAUUAUACACCAGAGGACUCACACUGGAGAGAAACCCUUUGAAUGUCCUGUCUGUGGGAAAAGUUUCAGUCAGAAUGCCAACCUUGUGAGUCACCAGAGAACCCACACAGGAGAGAAACACUUUGAAUGUCUUAUCUGUGGGAAAAGUUUCAGUCGGAAUUCCUACCUGGUAAUACACCAGAGGAUUCACACAGGAGACAAAAUGUUUGAAUGUCCUCUCUGUGGAAAAGGCUUUGGUCAGAAUUCCCACCUCAUGAGACACCAGAGUACUCACACAGGAGAGAAACCCUUUGAAUGUCCUGACUGCAGAAAAGGUUUUAGUCAGAAUUCUGACCUCAUCAGACACCAGAGAACUCACACAGGAGAGAAACCCAUUGAAUGUCCUGUCUGUGGGAAAAAUUUCAGUCAGAAUUCCUACCUGAUAAUACACCAGAGGACUCACACUGGAGAGAAACCCUUUGAGUGUCCUAUCUGUGGGAAAAGUUUCAUUGAGAAUUCCAGCCUGGUAAUACACCAGAGGACUCACACAGGAGAGAAACCCUUUGAAUGUCCUGACUGUGGGAAACGUUACAGUCAGAAUUCCCACCUGGUGCUACACCAAAGGACUCACAUCGUGGAGAAAUCUUUCAAUUGUCCAGUCUGUAGACUUUGUUUCAAGCAUAAAUCAUCCUUUAUUGCACACAAGGUAAUCCAUAUGAGGAAAAAGUAGAUGAGUUUGGAGAAUGCUGGAAUUUCAUUUGUGAUCUCCCUUUGAAACUGUAGAUGAGAAAUUGAUAGCUUGAAUUGUUUGAAAAUUUGUUCACCCUAAUCUAGUAAAUCUUCAGAAGUAAUUUAAUAUAUAAUGACAUUUUGAAUGUGGAAGGGGAACUAAAAACUAAACAAGAACUACAGAAACAGGGUAUUGAUUCAUCGUGGUGGCCACAUAUGCAAAUGCAAUCAAGAUAUGAGAAAGAUGUUAAGAUAUAUGACUUUUAUAAAGAGAAAACAACUUUUGAUCAAAUACUGUCAGCUGUGGAUGAAAAGUUAAUCAAAUUAUAUAAUUUUUAUUAAGCUUAAAAUUGAAGAUGAACAGGUAAAAGAGACAAUGACAGUUUGGGCAAAAUUUUUUGAAUAUACCAUAGCAUAACACAAUCGGCAAAGACUCUGGGGAGAAAAACUAUAAAUUGUUGAUGGCAACUAUGUAGAAGGAAAAUCUGUAUAAAAUGUUCUAUAGAUGGCACCACCAGCAAGGCUAGCAAAAAUGUUUAAAAACAUGUCCACCAAAUGUUAGAAAUAUAAUCAAAUACCAGGCACAAAUAAUCACAUGUGGUGGACAUGUCCAAAGGCAAAAAAAAA